AUGACUGUGUUUCCGAAGCGAUCGGCGAGCUUCACGAGCGCGUGGAACAAUAAUAAUCAGAACAAUCAAAACGGUCAAUGGAACAACAACAACCAGAACGGUCAAGGUAAUCAGAACAAUCAGAACGGUCAAUGGAGUAACAACAACCAGAACGGUCAAAAUAAUCAGAAUAAUCAAUGGAGCAAUAACAAUCAAAACAAUCAGCAGAACAAUCAAUGGAACAACAAUAAUAAUCAGAACAGCAAUAACCAGAACAAUCAGUGGAGUAAUAACAACCAAGGUAGUCAAAGCAGUCAGAAUAAUCAAUGGAGUAGCAGCAAUCAGAACAGUCAAAGCAGUCAGAAUAAUCAGUGGAAUAACAACAAUCAAGGAAGUAGUCAAAACAACCAAUGGAGCAAUCAGAACAAUCAGAAUAAUCAGAACAAUCAAUGGAGCAACCAGAACAAUCAGAAUAAUCAAAACAAUCAGUGGAACAACCAGAACAAUCAGAAUAACCAGAACAAUCAAUGGAGCAACCAGAACAAUCAGAAUAACCAGAACAAUCAGUGGAAUCAGAAUAAUCAGAACGGUCAAAAUAAUCAGAACAAUCAGUGGAACAAUAACAAUCAGAAUAAUCAAAAUCAGAAUAAUCAAAACAAUCAGAAUAAUCAGUGGAAUCAGAAUCAAAACAAUCAGAAUCAGAAUCAGAAUCAGAAUAACCACAACAACAAUCAGAGCAGUCAAAGCAGUCAAUCGAGUAGUAGCACUAGUAGUAGUAGCAGUAGCAGCAGCAGCAGCAGCAGUAGUAGUAGUACUAGUAGCAGUAGCAAUCAAACCAGCCAGAGUAGUCAAAACAAUCAAAACAACAACAAUCAGAACAAUCAAUCCAGCAACAAUAAUCAGAGCAAUCAGUCAAGCAGUAGCAAUCAGUCUGGCAGUAAUCAGAGCAAUCAAUCCGGUGGUAGCAAUCAAAGCAAUCAGAGCAGUCAGUCGAGCAGUAACAAUCAGAAUAAUCAGUCUGGCAGUAACCAGAACAAUCAAUCCAGUGGAAACAGUCAAAGCAAUCAGUCGAGCAGUAACACUCAAUCCAGUGGUAGCAAUCAAAGUGGUCAGAGCAAUCAGUCAAGUAGUAGCAAUCAAAACAAUCAAUCCAGCGGUAGCAACCAGAGCAAUCAGUCAAGCAGUAACAAUCAGAGUAAUCAGUCUAGCAAUAAUCAGAACAAUCAAUCCAGUGGUAGCAAUCAAAGUAGUCAGAGCAAUCAGUCGAGUAGUAGCAAUCAAUCCAGCGGUAGCAACCAGAGCAAUCAGUCGAGCAAUAACAAUCAGAGUAAUCAGUCAAGCAGUAACCAGAACAACCAAUCCAGUGGUAGCAAUCAAAGUAAUCAGAGCAAUCAGUCGAGCAGUAGCAAUCAAAACAAUCAAUCCAGUGGUAGCAAUCAGAGCACUCAGUCGAACAGUAACAAUCAGAACAAUCAGUCUAGCAGUAGUCAGAACAAUCAAUCCAGUGGUAGCAAUCAGUCAAGCAGUAGUCAGAGUAAUAACAACCAGAGCAAUCAGUCUAGCAGCAAUCAGAAUAACCAGUCAAGUAAUAAUCAAAACAAUCAGAAUAAUCACAAUCAAAGCAAUCAGACCAGUACUCAAGGUAGCCAGAACAAUCAAUCCAACAACAACAACCAGAAUAGCCAACCGAGUAGCAGUAAUAACAACCAAAGCAAUCAAUCCAGCAGCAACAAUCAAAGUAAUCAGAAUAAUCAAUCGAGCGGUAAUCAGAACAAUCAGUCGAGCAGCAACAAUCAAAACAAUCAAUCUAACAAUAGCAACAGUGAAAGCUCCAGUAAUUCACAAUCAAAUAAUAAUAACAAUCAAAUAAACAACCAACAAUCCAACAACAACAAUGAACAAACAAGUAAUCAACAAUCCAAUAACAACAGCAAUAAUAGUCAAUCCAAUAACAACAAUCAAGCAACGACCACUGCACAAGCCACUACUACACAAACCACUGAAAUGCCAACUACACUACCACCAACAACACAAGCAACGACAACAGUAGUUUCAGAACUACAAUCAUCAUCAACUGAAGCAUCAACCACACAACACACUACUACACAAGCACAAACCACACAAGCUUCAUCCACCGAAGCUACAAAUACACAAGCAUCUACAGAAGCACAAACUACACAAGCACCUGUCACACAAGUUUCAUCUAGCGAAGCUACCACCAUGCCAGCUUCAGCUACAGAAGCACAAACAACACAAGCACCACCAACACCAGCUUCAACCGAAGCUCCAACUACACAAGCACCAACUACACAAACACCAAUCACACAAGCACCAACAACUCAAGCAUCUAGCACACAAACUUCAUCUACCGAAGCUCCUACAACUCAACCUCCAUCCACAGAAGGUCCAUCCUCACAAGCACCAACCACAGCGGCACCCUUCACAGAAGCUUCAGCAACGGAAACAUCAUCGACACAAGACACUACAACACAAGCACCCAUCACAGAAACACAAACCACACAAGCACAGUCAUCGGAAGCACCAGCAAGCACUCAAGACACCACAAGCACCACACAAGCUCCUGCUACAGAAGCACCAAUCACAACACAGGAGGCUACAGUCGCUCCAGCAACCACAGCGGAGCCUUCAACCACCACACAAACCACUACCACAACAACAACCACCACACAAUCCACCAUGAUGAUCUCGCAAUCCAUGACAACUUCAGCAACCUCGACUGAGUCUGUCACUAUGUCUCCCACAGAUACCACAGCAGCUCCGUCACAGGCAACCGAAGACAACACCAACCCAGAUCAAAACGAAGUUCAAACCACGGCAAGCACUACGGCUGCAACCACUACCGCGUCCAGCUCGCAGCACACAACUGCCGCACCGGCUUCGUCUUCGUCAUCGUCAUCGGGCAGUUCACCGGCCUGUACCGGCGAUGGCUUCAUGGGUGAUCCGAACGACUGCCAGAAGUUCUACCGCUGCGUGGACAACGGAAAGGGUGGCUAUACCAAGUACGACUUCAAGUGUAGCGACAACACGGUUUGGGACGAUAGCAUUCAGAACUGUAACCAUGCGUGGGCAGUACAGGACUCGAAAUGCGGACAGGGAAUGUCGCAGGGUUCGGGAGCUGGUGGACCACAGGGAUCUGGAAGUGGUAACCAAGGUCCGAGUGGUCCCAGCAACAAUAACCAAGGUCCAAGUGGUCCCAGCAACAAUAACCAAGGUCCGAGUGGUCCCAGCAACAACAACCAAGGUCCAAGUGGUCCCAGCAACAAUAACCAAGGUCCGAGUGGUCCCAGCAACAACAACCAAGGUCCGAGUGGUCCCAGCAACAACAACCAAGGUCCGAGUGGUCCCAGCAACAACAACCAAGGUCCCAAUGGUCCAAGUGGCCCUAACGGCCCCGAUGGUCCCAAUGGUCCGAGUGGCCCUAAUGGUCCUGAUGGUCCAAAUGGUCCUAACGGUCCUGGCGGUCCAAGUGGUCCAAAUGGCCCAGAUGGUCCCAACAAUAACAACCAGGGUCCUGAUGGCCCCAACAAUAACAACCAAGGUCCCAACGGUCCGAACAACAACAACCAAGGUCCCGAUGGCCCCAACAACAACAACCAAGGUCCAAGCGGUCCCAACGGUCCAGACGGUCCCAACGGUCCAGGUGGUCCCGAUGGUCCCAACGGUCCAAAUGGUCCUAACGGUCCAGGUGGCCAAGAUGGUCCUAACGGCCCAAGCGGACCUAACGGUCCCGAUGGCCCCAACAAUAACAACCAAGGUCCCGACGGCUCUAAUGGAAAUGGACAAGGUCCUAGCGGCCCAGAUGGACCCAACGGACCCAAUGGCCCCAGUGGUCCAAAUGGUCCCAGCAGUGAAGGACAAGGCCCGGACAGUGCAACUGAAGGACCCAACGGGCAACAGCAGUCCAACACAACGCAGUCAACUUAUCCGCCCUGUCAGCAAACCACAACAACCGCUGCACCAGCCGUACCAGCUGGAUCGAACGGAGUCUGCGAACGCGAAGGCUUCAUGGAGCAUGAAUCCAACUGCAAGAAAUUCUAUCGCUGCGUGGAUAACGGAAACGGCGGCUACACUCGGUACGAGUUCAACUGCGGAGCUGGCACUGUUUGGGAUAAUGACAUUCUGGCCUGCAACCACCCGGAUUCGGUGAACUCCAAGUGCGGCAAUGGAAACGGAGGUCGCCCCGAGGGCGGAAGCCCAUCUGGACCGGGUAACACUUAUCUACCACCGGAGCCAUCGAGCACCACUGAAGCAAUGUCGUCUUCCUCGGAAAUGGCCACUGAAGGUCAGACCACCGCUAGCGGAGUAGACAGCACCAGUGAAGCUCAGCAAAUGACUACCGAAGGUUCAACGGCAGGCCAAGAGGCAACAACCGCCGCUGGUCAGGAAACUACUGCUGCUGCUGGCCAGGAAACUACCGAAGCUCCAAAAGAAGAAACAACGGCAGCAGGACAAGAGUCUACAACCGCUGCUCCAGCUGAACAAACCACAACUGCAGCUAGCCAAGAAACGACCACAUCUUCUAGUCAGGAAACCACAGCAGCUAUGAUGCAGGAAUCCACCACUGGACAACCAGCUGAAAGCACCACUCAAUCUGGAGAAACUUCCACCACAGAAACCUCCGAGCAAACUACUGAAACUCAAGCAGCUACCACUCUUUCGCCCGAAGGAUGCAACUCCGAAGGAUUCAUGCCCCACGACAAAGAUUGCAAGAAAUUCUACCGAUGCGUUGACAACGGAAAGGGUGGCUACCAGAAGUACGAAUUCACCUGUGCCGAAGGAACUGCUUGGGAUCAAAGCAUCCAGGCUUGUAACUACGAAUACGAAGUUCCCAACUGCGGAGCCGACAGCCCACCGGAACCUUCUCCAGAACCGGACUCGCAGAGCACUCAGUCGCCUCCUGAUUCGGAGAAUCAAAUGACAACAACAACAGCCGCAGCGGAAAGCACUAUGCAAGUUCAGGAAUCCACCACAUCGGCUGCUGCACAGGAGACUACGACAUCUGCCGCUCAAGAAACGACAUCAGCCGCUCAGGAGACUACAACAACUGCUGCUCAGGAAACUACGACAACUGCUGCUCAGGAGACUACGGCAGCUGCUGCUCAAGAAACGACAACUGCCGCUCAAGAAACUACGACGGCUGCCGCUCAGGAAACCACGACAGCUGCUGCUCAAGAGAGUACGACAACUGCCGCUCAGGAAACUACCACAGCUGCCGCUCAGGAAACUACGACAGCUGCCGCUCAGGAGACUACGACAGCUGCCGCUCAGGAAACUACAACUACUGCAGCUCAAGAAACGACUACCGCAGCCGCGCAGGAAACAACUACAGCAAGUCAAACAACAUCAGCCGAGGCAAUGACCACAACUGGCGCACCCCAAGAAACUACCACCGGUGGUGCAGCGGAAAGCACCACCACUUCCGAAGAAAAACAGGAAACGACCACUCAGGCCGCCGAAGGUACUACAACCGCUCAGGAAAUGACAACCAGUCAACCAUCCAGCAGCGGUGAGUGCACUUCGGAAGGAUUCAUGGGUGACCCGAACGACUGCAAGAAGUUCUACCGAUGCGUAGACAAUGGAAAGGGUGGCUACACCAAGUACGACUUCACUUGCGGCGAUGGAACGGCUUGGGAUCAGGAGCUGCAGACAUGCAACCACGCAAAUGUCGUUGAGAUGUGCGGCGGUCAAUCGACAGGUAACAACAAUCAAGCGUCCUCAUCCACUACUGCUUCUUCUACUACCACAGAUUCAUCAUCAUCAUCUAACCCUACCACUUCUGCACCUCCCUCUUCUACUACUUCCUCAAGCACCACUCCCACUAACACUCCCUCUUCCACAAGCAUGACUUCCUCUUCCUCAAGCAUGCCAACCUCCUCACCAAGCAUGACAAGUUCUUCUACCGCCGCAACGUCUAACGCUUCCACCACAAGCAUGCCAUCAUCAACAACUAGUCCAACCCCGGUCAACUGUACCGAGGCAGGCUUUUUCCCGAACCCUGAUGAUUGUACCAAGUUCUACCGGUGCGUCGAUUGGGACGGAAUGGGUGAAAACUUCUCCGUGUUCCACUUCGACUGCCCGGAGGGUACAAUUUGGGAUCCCAGUGUAAAUACGUGCAACCAUGCGGACAGUGUCUCGCCUCCGAGAGAUUGCUCCCCUCGAACGACGAUGAUGUCAUCUGAGUCGCCUGCAACCACCGAAUCCAUGUCAAUGACAAGCACAGAACCUACAACCUCCUCUGUUACAGGCGAGCCCAGCGCUACGACAACGAAUGCUCCGGACAUGGAAACUACCACCGCUGGCCAGGAAGCGACUACGCAAGCAGGCCAGGAAACAACCACUUCGGGAGGUGGUGAAGGUACCACCAUGGGUGGACAAGAAACCACGAUGCAACCGGAUCAAGAAACUACCACUCAAGGAUCUCAGAUGACUACCACGGGUGAGCAAAUGACUACGCAGGAGUCUACUGAAGCUACGACUCAAGCAGCGGCCGAAACAACGACUCAAGCAGCUGCUGAAACAACCACGCAAGCUGCCGCUGAAACUACGACCGCAGCAGCUGCCGAAACUACGACUCAAGCAGCUGCCGAGACUACGACUCAGGCUGCCUCGGAAACAACUACCGAAGCUGCCGCCGAAACUACCACGCAAGCAGCUGCUGAGACUACCGAAGCAGCCCAAGAAACCACCACGCAAGCUGCCACCGAACCAGCGGAAGAAACAACGGCACAGCCUACGGAAGGAACCACUCAGGCAGCGCAGGAAACUACGACCUCAGCAAUGGCAACCGAGUCCCAAACCGAUUCGGCUACCGAGCCGGCUGCAAUGGAAACCACCACCCAAGGCACCCAAAAGCCACCAUCGUCCGGUUCAGGAGACUGCCCUCCAGUCGAUGAAGGCCAAGCCCGAUUCGUCUGCCCAACUGGAUUCCGCAGACAUCCCCAGGACUGCAACAUGUUCUACCAGUGCACGCAAAAACCGAACAGCAUGGACUACAGCAUAGUGGUGUUCAGCUGCCCGAACUCGACCGUCUACCACGAGGAAGGAAUCCAGUGCAACGAACCCGCCGAAGGAGAUGAACAGUGUCAGGCGCCUAGCAUGCGAUUCCUGCGCAGUGCUAUGGGCCCACAGGUCCAAGUCAUGCAACUGCGAUCGACGAAACCGCUCUGCCCAGCAGAGGGUCACUUCGCGUUGGAUGAUCAGAAGUGCAGCUCGACGUUCGUGCGCUGCAUGGCCGGCGAAGGCCGAAGCGACGGCACUCUGCAACCGAGCAUGUACCGCUGUCCGAAGGGCUACAUCUACUGGAGCGUCAGCCGGCGCUGCGAACGGGUAGCCAAGGUACCCGAAUGUCAGAACGCGCGGAUGCAGGAACGAUCCGAACUGCCCGUCGAGUGGAUCAACAUCGGCAACCGACGUAGAAGUUUGUUCUGAGCUGUUGCGCAUGCCGAGCGAAACGAUUAGUCAACGACGACCUUCCCAGACGAUAACGAAACGACGAGACGUAACCCUAGUGCGAUAAGCAAUCUAGCCUCUAGGGAUUUUAGAUGUAACUUACUAUAGCCUGUUACUAGACAUUGCUGCCACCAACAGGACUGAUAACUAGUAACGACCUUCCGUGGAUCAAUAGCUCACAAUCGAGGAACGCACAAGCAUUCCCCGCAUUCCUCGACAAGACUCGAACUCAGUACAAGGUAACAAGAGAGAGACACAAGUGACAUGUGCGACAUCUAUCUAGUUCUAGUCAGAAAGAUGUCAUAAUUUUAGAGUAACGCAGGUAACGCCACUCGAAAGCCAUAUCCGCACGAUCCCAGACAAUUCCAGAACUUUUAAAGUGAGGUUAUAAGUCAAUCUAUUCCCCCCCAAUAUAGGUAUUUAUUAUGUGUGUAAAUAUCUGCUCGCAGGAGCAAUGCAGUAAGAAGUAAGUUGAUAGGAUUCAAAUUUCAAUGCGCAUCAUUCGCAUCCAGUUCGUGGUAUAUACGAAGAAAUUAAACAGGUCUGUUCCGCACAGUAGAGCUGUGCCACACAACCCGUCGGCCAAAAUCUUUUCUUGCAAACGAGCCUCUCUUGCUCCGAAUGACGUCGAGCAGAAGAGAGUUGAUUGUUGAUUGUUUUCGAGAGAAAGAUGCCGCUUCGUGUAAGGGAUACGAAGAAAGGGAACGGCCUUCGUCCAUGAACUAUUUACGAAUGGUGUGAUAAGUGUUUCGAAAGCCGUCCACACUAGUUCGUAAGGCAAUGACUUAGAAUAAAUGUAAUUUAUUGUAAAAAAAAA